AUGCUCACCUUCAACACCACGCUGCUCAACCACUUGCUCGAUCUGGCAAGCACGACCAACCCUCCACCUAACCUUUGUGACUCCAACCUCGCGCUCUUCGUCAUCGCUGGGCUGCUCACCAUUACGACAGGGAGCAUUCUCUGCACUACUCCGCCCACUCCAGAACACAAACGCAAUCGCGGUCUCCUCCAGUACAUCUGGGCUGUAAGCGCCAUCACGCUCGCUUUGGGGCAGCAAGCUCUUCACCCUCUCGAGCUGAGAGUGUUUGUGCUCCCGCCACCAGUUCUACUUCUGAGCGCUGCCAUUGAGAUGCUGGCCUUUCUGCGGACCUUUCUGGCCCAUCUACACACGAUACCCGCCACGAUCCUCGCCAAGCGAACGAUCUUCUGGAAGCUGCUCCACAUCAGCAGAGGCACCUACGAAGCAGCAGUACGCAAUCUGCAUGCAGUGCAUGGUGGCAUUGUUCAAGUCGGGCCUCGCGAAUACAAUAUCGGCAAUUCGACAUAUUUUGAUCGAUGCGCGCAAUUGGAGCAGAUCAGACCGUCGCCCGCCGAUUCUGACUCGAUUGUGUCGGAGAAAAUUUCAGUGCUCGUAGCUCAAGCCCUGAGCAUGGCGAACAUCUUUUCGUACGAACGUGCGAUCGAACGAUGUAAUGCGAAGCUCAUCCACACCCUCAACCACUACGCGGCAAAUGGUGACAGCGUCAAAAUUUCCGAUCUCCUGACAAGCUAUGUCUUUGAUGUCAUGUUUGUGACAACGACAGGUCAACCCGCUGGUUUCCUAGACCAGCCGACCAAUACUGCUAAGCUCAUGGCAGCCAUGAGAACGUGGAAGUUCUAUUCAGUACUAUAUGGCGCAUACUUCCGCUUCCACCCCUUCAUCGACAAGGUUGCGAAGAUAGCGAUUAACCCUAACGAGGCGUUGUCACUUGUGCUCGAACGACUCCCAGAUCUCAGGGACGCUACCGGUGGAGUGGUAGCCUAUGUGAGGGACUACAUCGACGCUGAGGAUGAAGACGAAAUCCGUCAGCUGCUCAUUGCGACUGCGGCACUCAUCACCAGCGCUUCUGACCCUCUCAUCACACAUCUCCUGACAACGCUCUACCACGUAUAUCGGACACGUGAAGUACUGCAGGCAGUGCGCAACGAGAUCGUCGCCGCUCGCAUCUAUCAGCCUCCGCGGCUCAAGUAUAUACUCAAGAAGAGGGACGACUUGCUAUUGCUUCAUGCAGUGCUGAAGGAGACCCUUCGACUACACCCAAUCUAUACAGCUGAUUUCAUUGCACCCGAGGGCGGUGUCAUGAUCGGCGACAAGCUCGUACAAGCAGAUGUAAGUCCUAUUGUUCUCUGCCAUUGA